UUCUCUGUUUUCCCUCCUACUUCCGCAUCCCAAACUACAAACGCAAAUUCUAACGACUAAGCUAAAACUUUUCAGCUUGAAUUCAACCUCGCAUCUGACGCUCCAAAAUGGAGUGGGUUCGCGGAGAUAUUCUUGGUCAUGGGAGCUUUGGUACUGUGAGUUUAGCAAAACCCGGAAGCAGCCGGAGCAGCUGUCAUAACAUUCCCGAACUGAUGGCCGUGAAGUCCUGCGGAGUUUCAUCCUCUGCUUCAUUGCUGAACGAGAAGGAAGUUCUCGACGGAUUCAAGGAUUGCCCUGAGAUAAUCCAGUGCUAUGGGGAUGGUCACAGUUUUGAAAAUGGCGAAAAAUUGUAUAAUGUGUUCUUGGAGUAUGCUUCUGGAGGGACUCUAGCAGAUAAGCUUAACAAUUCAUGUGAUCAUCGGUUGCCGGAAGAUGAAGUCCGGCGAUAUACAAGGGGUAUACUAAGAGGGCUAAGACGUGUUCACGAGAAUGGUUUUGUUCAUUGCGAUAUUAAGCUUCAAAAUAUUCUUUUAGGCCAAGACGGGGCAGUAAAGAUUGGUGAUUUUGGGCUAGCGAAGAAAGAUGCAGCGGAAAAGGUGGGGUGUGAAUUGAGGGGUACACCUCUGUAUAUGUCGCCGGAGAUGGUAGCGGGAGGUGAUCAGUCGUCGCCGGCGGACAUAUGGGCACUUGGCUGUUUGGUGGCAGAGAUGUUUACCGGAGUUCCGGCUUGGAGGUGCUCAGACGUUGCGGCGCUAUUGAUGAGAAUUGGGGUUGGUGAUGAGGUGCCUGAGAUUCCCGGGAAAUUAUCGGAGGAGGGAAAAGAUUUUGUUGGAAAGUGCUUCGUGAAGGACCCGAAGGAGAGAUGGACGGCUGAGAUGCUUUUGGAUCAUCCGUUUGUAUGUGAUCAUGAUGAUCCGGGUACUGUUACAUUCAAAGAAGUUCCUUCAACCUCUCCUAGAAGCGCGUUCGAUUUCCCCGAUUGGGUGUCGCAACAGUCGUCGCUCACAUUCUCAAUUACCUCCUUAUCCGCGCCGGAAUCUCAGUCUUGGGUCGACGGCCCAGAGUUGAAUACAUUUGACGGGUCAUGGUCCAAUUCGCCGGCGAAGCGGCUCCAGGGACUAGUUAAUGACCACCAACUUGAGUGGUUCGGUUCUGAUGAUUGGACCGUCAGGUGAUGCAAAUAUUCUGACCGAAGCCAGAUUCAGAGUCCUGAAGAUUUUUUUUUUUUUUUGGAGCUCU